UGGGCCGAUGGAGGAGAACAAUGAGGCGGCUAAAAAAAAAACGUGCUCAUCCUCCACUUCACCGUGGAAGAAGACGCCACGCUAAGUUUCUGGAGGCUUCCGUGGGUUCUGACGUGGUGUGACUAAAGUAAACCCACGGGGGCACCAUUAGCUUAAACCCAGGCAGGCGAUAGCGCUCUGAAUUUACCUCCAUACAGGUACAAACACCCCCAGAAAAAGGUCUCUCCUCAUCAGAUGGUGUCCCGCACGCGAGGGGCAUUUGGAGGCAGACUACAGUUCCUCACCCCUCCCUCCCUCCGUCCUUUUCGGCACGUCAAGCCGCUUUGCAUACCGACUUCCUUCUCCCACUGGUCCCCAUCAGCCAGCCAGCCAGCCGGCGAGGCGAAGCAUAGCGAGCAGCAGCAGCUGAUAACAUGACGGGAGGAUACUGUAUCACGGAGAGCCACGAAGAGCUGACUUUAAGAACUUCAUUCGGGAAGUAGGCGGAUGUCGUGUGCGGCCGAUAUCCAGCUCGGAGAAGGACUACACGGAGAGGAGCGGAGAAAUGGAUAAUAUUUGAUGCAACCGGGAUUUUUGUUGUUGUUGUUGUUGUUUUUUCUUGUUCGACGCGAAGAGGCUGAAUAUGCCGGUGUUUGUACACUACUGUACGUGGAAGUACACGGAGUGUUUUUCUUCCCACUCACAGCUCUAACCUAAGGAUUUAAAUCGCCACUUUUUUUUUUCUUUUUUGCUAAUUGUAGCCUCUGGGUUAAAAAAAACGCUCCUUGUGUGUUGCUUAUUUUAUUUAUUUCUUUUUUUUUAACGUCGUAGUUAUUGAGUGCUCUUUCCUGCAGGCUUCAUGUGAUUUUGUAAGCUAAUACACAUUUUUAAAUGUAUAAAAUUAGCCAUGGGGUGGCCCCCCUCUCAAACAGCCUGUGGAACCAUUAGAAGCGCCUCUUAGCUCCCCUUUCUGACCCACCGUCAAUUAAUAUUUCCUGUGAGCUAGCUUUCCCCUUAUUACAGGUGUCUUUUUGUUUUUGUGACACCGCAUUUAUUUUGCAGUUAUAAUUAUUCUGUUUUUUUUUUUUUUAAUAUUUAUCUUUACAUUCAGGCUGCUAACUGCUGUGUGUUUUGCAAUUAAUUAACCCCUCGCAGGAUACGAUUUCCCUCAUUUUCCCGUCCUAAUUUCCACCAUGAGUUACAUGGUAGUAAAUGUAUUGCUACGUGGACUCGUCAUCUAUGCGGUACUGGGCUCGGAGUGCUCCUACUCGAGUGAUCUGCCAAGCCACUCGUCUGAUGCUGCAAAUGUAGCCAUCACAGAUCCGUGUCUCAUCGUGAUGCCGCCAUGCGUGGGCGAGGCCGACCGCUUCAGCCUGGAGGCGCUGCGGCACAUCCACAAGCAGCUGGACGACGACAACGACGGAGGGAUAGAGGUCAACGAGAGCUUGGAGUUUAUAAUAGAAGACAUGAAGCAGCAGCAAACCAACAAACACAGCAACCUGCACCGUGAAGACCAGCACAUUACAGUGGAGGAGCUGUGGAAGGGAUGGAAGAACUCUGAAGUCCACAACUGGACCACGGAGGACACGGUGCAGUGGCUGAAGGAGUCGGUGGAGCUGCCGCAGUACGAGAAGAACUUCCGGGACUUCCGGGUCACAGGGAACACGUUGCCUCGAAUAGCGGCAAACGAACCGUCGUUUAUGUCCAUGCAGCUGAGGGUAUUAGACCAGCGGCACAAGCAGAAGCUCAACCUGAAGGCGCUCGACGCUGUGCUCUUCGGGCCUCCUCUGCGUCCGCAGCACAACUGGGUGAAAGACUUUGUCCUGAUGAUCUCCAUUGUGAUCGGAGUGGGAGGCUGCUGGUUCGCCUACAUUCAGAACAAGUCCAGCAAGGUGCACAUUUCUCAGAUGAUGAAGGAUCUGGAGAGCCUUCAGAACGCCGAGCAGAGCCUGAUGGACAUGCAGAGCCGGCUGGAAAAGGCUCAGGAGGAGAACCGGACGGUCGCCGUGGAGAAGGAGAACCUCGAGCAGAAGAUGAGGGACGAGAUCAUCGACGCCAAGAAGGAGGCCCACCGGCUGCGAGAGCUGCGAGAGGGCGCCGAGUGCGAGCUCAGCCGGCUCAAAUACGCCGAGGAGGAGCUGGUCCAGGUGCGGAAGGCUCUGAAGCGGGCGGAGAAGGAGAUGCAGUCGGAGCGCUCCGUCCCCGAGGCGCUGCAGAAGUGGCUGCAGCUCACGCACGAGGUGGAAGUUCAGUACUACAACAUCAAGAAGCAGAGCGCCGAGUUCCAGCUGUACGUCGCCAAAGACGAGGCAGAGAAAAUAAAAAAGAAAAGAGGUUCUGUGUUCGGAACCCUUCAUGUCGCCCACAGCUCGUCCCUGGAUGAGGUGGACCACAAGAUACUAGAAGCAAAGAAAGCUCUGUCAGAGGUGACGGCGUGCCUGAGGGAGCGGCUUCACCGCUGGCAGCAGAUCGAGAAGCUCUGCGGCUUCCCCGUCGUCAACAACUCAGGUCUGCCGAGCCUGACGGCCAGCCUCUACUCGGACCACAGCUGGGUGGUCAUGCCCCGAGUCUCUGUCCCUCCGUACCCCAUCGCAGGCGGUGUGGACGACCUGGACGAGGACACGCCUCCCAUCAUUCCACAGUUCUCCACCGCUGCGUUGAUCCGACCCCCGCUGACCCGCAACAGCAGCCUGUGCCGCUCCCGCCGAAGCCUGCUGAGCCAACAGUCGUCCCUGAUGUCCCCGGACCCAGACCUGCUGUCCAUGGCCGGCUCGUCCCUCUACUAUCGCCCCGACGCAGACGACGAACAGUUUAUGUUCAGUUUGGAUAGGAGGGGAGAACCGGCUCAGGACGGCAGCUCCGACACGGACUCCCUCUGCUCCACCAUCGGCCGGAAGCAGCUGCACUCCCCCGGCGCCGCCGACGCCCCGUACCGCCGCAUCUCCCGCGAGGAGCUGCUGCUGCUGGGCCAGGGCAGCCCGGAGCGCCCCGGCUCCACCCACACCACCAGCAGCAGCAGCAGCAGCAGCCUCAGGGACUCCACGCCUCCUCCCAUGCCCCCGACGCCGGCCGCCACCCCCUCCGGCCCGCCCUCCACCUCCCCAUCCCCGGCCCUGGAGCACCACCCGUUCACGCGGAAAGGCUCGCCCGACCUCACCCGCGUCAUACCCGAGUCCCAAAGCAUGCCCCUGUCGCAGGGCAGCGCCGCCUCUCCGACGGGCAAGGGCGUCUACAACGGCAUCCUGGAGAAGUCCUACAGCUACGGCCAGCUGCCGGCGAGCAUGCUGCCCAACGUGGGGCGCCACCCGUCUCUCACCUCGCUGGACUCGGAGGGCCGGAGCCUGGGGAGAGAUUACAAGCUCCACAGCACCUCCUCCCAGGACUCCUGCGACAACGGGGAGAAAAUCAAGCGCUCCUCGUCUAAAAUCAAAAGCUUAUUUAAGAAGAAGAAAUAAAAACAUUCAGAGAGAGGUAGCGUGUCGCGUGUGACAGCGAGAGAGAAAACUAAACUAAAGGAAGAGUUUUAUCGCUCAUACGUCACUGGAAGAUAAAACAUUUCCUUUUCUCUCCUGGGUUUUUUGUUCUUCUUUUUUUGUCAUCAGAGAUGGAAUGUAGCUCAGCCUGGGUGCCGUCAAACGCCCCUCAGCCUGGUAGCCUUAUUUUUCAAUAAUCCCUUUGUAUUUAGUUCUCGCAAAGAAAAAACCCGCACAGAUGGAGGGAGGAGCCGAGGCAAGCUCAAAACCUGCUCACGGUUCUCCCUUCCUUUCUUUUCUUUGUAUUUAAUUUUUUUUUUUUUUUUAGUUUGAACCAACCAAAAAAAACCUCUUCAUAAAGGGUCUAAAGGUGCGGUCUGUACAUUUAGUUUCAAACUCACAAGGUGUAGUGUUUCACUGAAGACGUGUUGUGUGGAUGAACUCGUGUACUUGACUCAUUUCAUUCAGAAGAGAGAGAGAGAGAGACAAAUAAUCCUGCUAAAAGUUUGUUGCACUACUGCUUUCUUCGUGGUUGUGUUUUUUUGGGUUUUUUUUGGCGGGGAGACGGAGAGAGGGCGCAGCUCACGGAGUUAGAAUCAAGAUGUCGACAUGAAGGGAGGGGGAUGCAUGAGCGGUCGUAAUGAAAACGCAGCACAGAGCCAAAAUGAUCUGAUGUGCCCUCAGUGCCACUCUUUAUGGAUGUCUCAAUAUAAAUAUAUAAAUAGGACAAAAAAAUAGAUAUAUAUAUAUAAACUGUUUUCACACAAUGUUCUUAAAGGUGAUAUUAAUAGAUUUUUAAAUUUUACGGCUUCAUCGCGGACUGAAGCCGCAGCGGUCACUUUAUCUGUGUUCUUGUCGCCCUUUAUUACUUGAUUACCUGCAUUCUGUAGCCAUACAGUAACAAAAUCUACUAUCUUUAUGUUUUUUUUGUUUUUAAAUAUAUAUAUAUAUAUAUAUAUCCUGCAGCUUUUUAAACCUGGUGUCACUACAAUGUUUGAGGGGGGGAAAUUGGCUUUCAGGUGCAUCUCUCAAGUAAGUUAGAUGAUCAUUGAAAAGCUUAUUUAUUUUUGUAAUGUAGUUUAAAAAGUGAAAGCUGUGUCUCGUGUAGAUUUGUUACAUACAGAGUGAUGUAUUUUAAGUGUUUUUUUGGGGGGGGUUGAAGAUUUUAAUCUUUUGCAAACCUUCAAAUGGGUUUCGAUGAUCCCUGCUCAAGGAUGCAGUCAUCAAGAGCGUGGAGUCGAACGUUAUUAUGUUUCCCUCCUUCAUAUAUAAAGUAAAAUUGAUUCUUUGUUUAAAAUCUAAUCACUAUUUUGAACAAUAAAUGGCAAACUCCGAUUAAAAUAAAAAAUCUAUAUCCCUCUUCAAAGUUGUUUUCACGGUUUAACUAUGUAAUUUUUACUUUUUUUUGUUUUGUUUCAUGCUUAAAUAUCCAUACUAUUAGAGCAGAUAGAAAAGUCUAGAAAUUAGAUUCAGUUUGUACUGAAGUCUUGAAGUGGAUGGCUUUUGGGAAUCCAGCCUCCCUCAGUUUUCCUUCCACUGAACUUACCAUUAAUAUUCUUGUAUGCAGCACUCUAUGAGCAGCCAUCAAGUAUUUUUAAUCUCUCAUCUCAUAAACAACAUUGUUUUUGGAGUAACUUUAUUUUAUUUUUUUAGCUGCAAGUAAUAAUCAAAAUGAACAGAAAUAAACACUUGAAAUGUAUCACUCUGCGUAAUGAAUAGAAGUUUCACUCUUUGAACUGAAGUAUCAGCUUAGGAACAUUGAUUUUUUUUUUUGAUGCGCCUGUAUGUGUUAAAAUUCCAGUGACACUAAGAAUAAUCUGCUGCCAAUCUGACAUCACACUGCAAGGCAACCAGACCCACCCAACUGUUUGCCUAAAACAAAAAAAGCAACAACAAAAAAACAAAACACAACAAUAACAGGAAAAACAAUAUGCGGCAAGAAGUCAAGCUGUUUGAUCCGGAUCUGAUGAAUGAUGCACCAAGACCUGCCUCUCCUCCCUGCUUCUGACCCUCCCUGAGUCCCCACUAAGCUCGACCCUCGCAAUACAGUCCGGCUCAUCACCUAUGGGGCCCGCAAACCUAGCGCACUGAUGUCAAGAGCUUCACACUGUGAUUACUGGCCGCUUCCUCUCGUCCCGGAGCUGGGUGUCACCGCUGCAGUUUGAGAAUGCAACAGUGCUCCAGCAAGCAUCUAGGAGGUCGCUGAGCCGAUGAUCCAAUGUGUGGUUUUAAAAAUAGAAGAAGAAGCAGAAGAAGAAAAAAACAAACAAAAACUCGUACAUGUGAGAGGUUGUCGGGCAAUGGAGCGCGCAAUGAAGGGAAUGCAGGACAGGGCUGCUAGGUGGGGAGGAAGUGAAUGUUUACGAGGAAUGUGGGGGUUUGAGAACAUUUUGUGUGUGUGGAUAUUUGUAUACUGUAGAAGAAUUAAUAAUAAUAAU